AUGAAGAGAGCUGCUCUAGAGCAAAUUUCCUCUGUACCUCUGAAGCGCCCACUGGUUCUUGGCCCUAACCGUCGUUUUCUACCUCCAAUAACAACGGAAGAAGCAACAGAGAAGGCAAAAGGUGCCGUACCGGCUAACAUGAAACUUGCAAAUAAAUGGGCUCUUCGUACGUUUCAAAGUUGGGUAUCAUUUAGGAACUCCAUGUCAGAGGAAAAGGUUCCUGAAGACCUUCUAGCAUGUAAAAACUCGGAAGUAGUUUGCUACUGGCUUUGUCGUUUUGUAAGUGAGGCUAGAAAGGAAAACAGAGAGCCAUACCCCUCUGCCACUAUAAGAAGUCUCCUCGCUGUGUAUCAGAGAAUAUUGCAAGACAAUAAGUUAGACUACCAUCUGUUUAGCAAGAAUGAUUUCAGGUUUAGAGAGCUACAGAAUACAAUAGACUCUGUGUGUGUUACUUUAAGAAAGGAAGGGGUUGGUGCAAUAAGGAAGGCCGCAGCAGUAAUAACUAAAGAGGAUGAGCAGUUAUUGUGGAGUAGUGGAGUUAUGGGAACAGACUCACCUUGGCCUCUUCUUCAUGCUGUAUUUUACACUGUUGGUCUUUCUUUCACACUGAGGGGUGGUCAAGAACAUCGCGACCUUACCAUUGAGCAGUUUCGUAGGUUUCCUCAAGACCAUGGAGUAUACAAUGAAGACACUUACUACCAGUACGUAGAGCAUGGGUCGAAAAGCUAUCAGGGAAGACUAAGUGAUCUGGAUUCUAAUAAAGUCAGCUAUAUAUAUGCACAACCAGAUUAUUCCAUACCAGGCAUGUGUCCACUGUCCAGUACAAUUGAUUGA